AUGUCGCACGCCGCCGCUCCACCGCCGCCGGCCCGCGAGGCCCACGCUUGGCCCCCGCGGCCCGCCUCCCCGGCGCCCGCGACCGGCGCCGCCGCGCCUCCCCGCGGAUCCCAAGCCCCACCGGCCCGCGUCGCCAGUACUCCGGUCGCCGCCCCGAGCCUGCCCUCGCUGGCGCGCCUCGCCGCCAGGCACGGCCCCGCGCCGCCGCCUGCCGUUCCUCGCCGCCGCGGGCUCGCCUCCGGCCAGAUCCGAGCAGGUCCGGCCCAGAUCCAGCCGCCCCUCGCCUUCCCCGACCUCCUCGAGCUCCGGCCGCCGUCUCCCUCUCCUCCGACCAUCCUCGGUUCGCGUGCCCGCGAAAACCUAGAUCGAGGUUGA